AUGUCGUUUCUACUAAGAAAAUCUACUGGAUCAUCCCUUGACCUGAUUAUUGACCAUAUCCUGGACGAUGUUAUUAGCCACCCCAAAGCUGACUUUGUUACUUCAGUAGCCAACCUAUUUUCCGAUUCGAUUAAGAGUUCUGGGAAUAACCUGCAUUCACGAACAUCUGAGAUUCUAUCAGCAUUACUACGAUCAUGUAAGAAACAUGUCAACCAAAGUCUGGUAGUAGUAGAUGUAUCCAGUGCUGUGUUGGUAGCAUUACUACAUCACGUCCGCCAAGAAACCGCUCAUAUACUGUAUACAGAGAGUAUGACUUUCGUGGAUUCUAUGUUAGGUGAGAAAGAACUCAGCGAUAACCAGAUUAUAUUGGCCCAAACUGUUAUUAGAGACCUCUCUGGUCUUCGUAAAGGUUCGAGAGUGUCUGACUGGACGCCAUUAUUUGGCAAAUUUCUUAGCAUUCUUGGCCGUAUAACUGAAGCUUCUUCGCAACAGGUCCUUAUUUCAACUCUCACAGCAUCUGUGUCAUUGUUACAAUCUGCAAAUUUUGAAUCUACCACGAAAUACUGUUCGCCACUGGUACAGGAACUGUACAGGUUAUUGGGCCAAGAAUAUUUCUUAUCGUUCUGUGAAUCCAUGGUGGAAUACAAUCCCACUGUCUUCUCGAACCAUUUGAUAGUAUAUGUUCAACGGUUUAUAAAGGAAUACCGAUCAGAUGUUUCAAGUGUGCACCUACUUCUAACGAAGUUGGAGUCAGCGGGUUUAGUCAAUCGUACUUCACAGCCUGUUCCCGGAAAACUUUUCACUGCCCCUGAUUCAGCAUUUUCAAAAUCAUUGGAACAGAAAGUACAGUUCCCCAAGCUGGACUCUGUUAAUGGGUUAUAUGAUCUCUUUAUAGCCCUGGAUAUCUUUGCUAUCGCGGUAAUCCCAACUGACAAGUUAAGUAAAAGCUUACCGAAGCUUUUGGAAAGAAUCAUCUUAGAAGUAAACGAAUCCAAUAUAGCAUGGAAAAAGGCUCUCGUUGGAAAGACUCUUAGCCUAGUGAACGAACCAUCGGUGGCUGCGGAAAUGAUCGAUACAAUUAAAGAAAGCUUCUCAGAGCUAUCUGACUCGAAAAUAUUCUUGGAAGGAUUUUUAAACUUAUGGAGAGCCAAUAAGGGGUGA